GACCGAGGAUUGCAGUAAAAAUGCUGUUUAGAAUCUGAUUGAGAUUUCAGUUCGCUGGGAGACGAUCGCCGAACGAGACCGUAGCAGAGUUUUCAUGUCGUGCUGUGGCUAGACAUCAGAUAUAUAUAUUUUCCUAUAUAUAUUCAUGUGCUACCAGCUGGCAGUGGCAGUUUUGAGUGCGGCAAGACGUGUCAAGUGAAAUCGAAUUAUAUUAAAGGAGAAUCCAAUCAAGUUUAUCGAAAAUAAAACGAGACAGCAACUAUCUGACGGAGAAAUCUUUAAAGAUGUCGACCUCACAGUUGCUCAACAAGAAUGUUCGCUCGAUGCCCUCAUGGGUGACUGAAGCGAAUGACCGCAUUGGACCGAAGCCACCGCCCACGCCCCCCAACGGAGUGGCGGGGGGUCCUCCCAAGGCUCCUGCCCUGCCGCCCAAGGCGAAGAACUCGCCCGAACCCGACUACGAGAUCAUCGAGUUUUCGAACCAGCAGUACUCCAACGAACCGAUGAAGACCACAGUGAUUAGGACCAAGACACCAGAUAACAAAUUAAAGUGCACGCUGUGUGGCUCCCAGAAUCCCUGGGUGACCUGUGCCGAGUGCGCGGGUCAGAUAUUUUGCGCCUCCUGCGACGACAUGUUCCAUAAGCAUCCCAAGCGCAAGCAGCACGUGCGAAAGGCCGUGGAGCGGGGCACGCCCCCAAUUCCCCCUAAGGUGCAGCCGGGAGGUGGGGCACCUGCCCCUGUGGCGCCACCCCGUCGCGGUAAACGCGGCCUGCUGACUCCGUUUCUGGGCCGCAAGGAUCAGAUGCUGCCACCGCCCUCGCCCACGCCCUCGCACAAAUCGCUGAGCGGCUGGCGGGGAUCGCUUGGGGGCGGGGCCACGCCCCCAGUGCCACCAGUUGCCACAACCAGCCAGAUGAACAACCGACCGCUUCCAGAGCCGCCCCGCAGCGAGGGCGGAGGAUCCUCCCGAUCAGGCACACCCAAGUCCGUGUUCGACACCAUCCAGCGUCCGCCGUCCGUCCAGCUGGAGAAGAUCAAGACCAAGGCCAGCGCCACCCUGGACCGCAUGGCCAUCCUGCAGCAGCGGUACCGCCAGCAGAAGGCGCGGCAGGACCUGAGCGCCAACAGCGAACAGCAUUUGUCGAAUGGAGCCGGCUUUGAGCACUGGUCAAACAUUUCACCAUCGCCCUCGCAUUUUCGUUCCGGCAGCAUGUCAUCCGGUUUGAACUCAUCCCAUUUCGAUCUCUCGGAUGACUCACAAUUUCACAAUUCCUUGCUGCUCCAACAACGACAGGCGGCUGGUGUCCAGCGGCGACAGAUGAGCACCUCGGUGUUCAACCUGAACACCAAUACCCGUCGACCCUUGGCCGAAACCCAGAACGGGAGCGCCUGGAUCACCAAUCAGCGCAUCCAGCAGGCCCAAUCCUUGGCGCAACUUAACUGCGCCGGCUGUCAGCAGAGUCAGCAGCAUCCUGGCUGGCCGCAGCAUCAGCAUCCGCAUCAUCAUCAGCACCACCAGCAGCAACAUCCCGACCAGUGGUCGCAGUUCGGCUCCCAGCAGCAGUUCAACAACUCCAACCUGUCCCUCAACGUGGGACCGGGCUACAUGUCGCAGCAGCAUCAUCCGCACUACCCGCCGCCGGUGUUCAUGACCCAGCGAGGAAUGAUGUACCCAGGGGCGCCUGGCUAUCCCAUGAUGCAUCCAGGUGUCAUGGGCAUGCCACCUUCAGCCGCCUCCAGAGCCGCCUCCCGAUCCCGGUAUGCCGCCUCCCCGACGCCCAGCCGCAAGUCCAUGUCCCUGCGACGCAAGCGGAAUAGCUACGUGGACGACGAGCUAACAGACGACGAGGACUCUGACCAGGACGACCGAAGGUCCUUGGUCUCCAAUCGCUCGGCCAUGACGAGUGCCUCCCGCUCCCAGCAGCACCACCAGCACCACCACCAGCCCCGCCAGCGGCGCCUUUCGAGCGCCUCGCAGCUAAUUGCCGGUGAUGAGUUGGAUGGCGACCAGAGGCAUGGAUUGCGGCAGCACAAGGGGCGAGAUCGGCGGGGAUCCGUGGCCAAGUCCGUGCAGAGCGAGUGGCUGCCGGAGAGACGUGACAAUGAGGGAACCCUGACCAGGAACAAGCCAGCAACAGACUCGUCCCGCACCACUCGCAUUUACUCCGACCUGGAAUCGGAGGGCUCGGGUGCCCGUGCCCUGGUUCAAGCCAAAAUCCAGCAGAAGCUCCAGGAAGCCGAUCAGCACAGGUCCGCGAAGAAGGUCGACCACAAACGCAAGCCGGAGAUGAAGGACGAGAACACACAGGCUGCGGCGGUGGUGCAAAAGACGGUGGCUCCGGCCCAGGAGGAGAGUGCCUCCGAAUACGAGGAGGUGGUCGAAGAGGUGACCGCUUCGGAGAGCGAGGCCGAGGCUCAAACCGCUCCCGAUCCACCGGAUGACCCGCAGGAGAUUGAGCCCGACGAUCUGGGCCCACCACCUUCUACGCCCGAUCACGAAUGGGAAUGCGAGUUUUGCACGUUCGUGAACGAGGCCAACAUCAAGAUCUGCUCCAUAUGCUGUAAGACUCCCUGCAAGCCACCAGUGCAGCCCACCAAGGCCAAGAAAGUGGAGGAAAAACCACAGGCGCAGGCUGGAAAGCCCAACAACAUCAAGGUGGCUUCCAUGCCGGAAGUCAAGCCAGUGCAAAAACCUGCUCUGAGGAGCCAACAGCCCAGUCAAAAACCUAGUAGUGGCAAUACCACGGCCUCAAGUUCGACUAUGUCCAACCACGUCACCACCAGAACUCCAAAAGUUUCACCCACCGUCAACACCAAAAACGCCUCCAGCAUCCCUGUCAAGACACCUGCGAAGUCAACUCUGAAAACUUCGUCCGAGAACGAAUCCGAUAACUCGCUGGCCAAGAGCCUACUGCACAAAGAGUCCGUUGAAAACAUUUGGAAUACUCUGGAUGAGAGCAUUCAGGCACAGGCGGAGAAGGUUCUGAAGAAGGCCCAGAAGGUUUCCACGGGCUGCGGUGGAACUCCGCCUCGGGAAACAGCGGCCGUGGAAAUGGGAACCUCGCCGCCACCUCAAAGUAUAUCCACACAAACCUACGACGCCCUGCCCUUUAACUCAAAGUCGGAGGAGAUCUCGACAGUGGUUCCGGAUCGCUUUAGGACCCCGGAUCCAAAUAAGAUGGAGCGACGGCCCCACUAUCGCAGCAGUUCCCAGCUGCCGCAGGAAAAUGAUCGCUAUCGCAGUGCCAAUGAUCUGAGGUAUCACGAUAGUCCUGGCCUGGACCCCUACAGUGCCGGUCUGGUUACCAGACGGCCCAAUUUCAUUAACGAGCUGCGCAUGCUGCAACAUCAAACCUCUUCGCCCUUCGACAUGCCCCUAGAGACAUUCGGGGUGAAGCACGAACCAGCCAGAGACCCGGAAACGGAAAUGCACAUCAUACUGAAGGAGCUGGAGCUGUACAAGUUCACGGUGGAGGAACUGGAGGCGGCCCUGAAGUACUGCUCCCCCGACACGCACCCCAUUCAGUGGCUACGCGAAAACUGGCCGAAACUGGUGCAGACGGUGCAGAGUUUGUCCACCAAGUACGGCCAGGAAAGAGGCGAGAACACGAUCGGAACCGUGUCCCAAAACGAGGCACGCGAGGCGCUUCGCAGUUCCGGGGGAAAUGUGUGGCAGGCGGUGGCAGACUGCAUCCAACAGCGCCAGCAGAAGUACAGGAAACUGGCGGCCAAGGGGAACUUCCUGCGGGAGGACAUCGUGAAUGCGCUGACGGCGCACCAAGGUAAUGUGGACCAGGCGCUGGUGGAGCUGAAUCGCACGCAACUCAAGCCAUUUCUAAUGCGCAUCUGGGGCUCGCCUAAUGGCGUUGAGAAUGAGAGUGGCGUCGCCAUAGACACCAAGUCGGAUAUCCAUGACUUCCUCAACACUCAUGCCUUGGACUGCCUGCAGCUCCCGUUGGCAGGGGAUAGUCCCAGCGCCGCCCAAUCCAAUCCCUUUGAACCACCUCGCACUGACGACAGCCCCGCGAAGUCCACCUAUGCCACGCCUAGUCCCUAUCAAAUGGAAGACAGCGCCCUGAAGAGCUUGGAGAUACUCAUCGGAAACAUGGAGCAGAACCAGGCCAAGCAAAACCAGGAGGUGCUCCGAUCCAUUGAGACCAUGAUGGACACGUUCAAGGGCAAGCCGGAGCUGGAGUACGAGACGGAUCCGGAGAUAAUGCGUAUCCUCACAAAAAGCCCCAUCAGCACGCUGAAACCCUCUGGAACCAUCGAGGAUAAGUCCACCGAGGACGUCAAGAACUUCGUGUGGCAGCACAUUCAGGAUAUUGUGCCCAAUCUGGUGCAGCAGGUUGAACAAGAGCUCCUGGAGAAGCCGGAGGUUGAAGGUCCAGUUCCGGAAGGCCAGCCAAAGUUAGCAGAGCCUGCACCAGAACAUGCGCCUGCUCCAGAACCUGAGUCUGAGCCGGAACACACACCUAGGGUCGAUCCUGCGGUCUACAUCAUGGAGGAGGUCAUCAAGCCGAAUUUGAGGGAAGCAAGCAUACGCGAGGAGCUCCCACCAAGUUUUAUUUAUGCGACAGAAAUAGCCAACUUCAGGUUGGAGUUUGAUCGUGGCACUGAACGAUGGCACGUGGCGGAGUGGGAAUACGAUGAUCUUGAGGGUGCAGAACGCAUAGUAUACAAAAGCUUUAUAGCUCCAAACGAGGAAAUUAAGGAGGAGAUUCAAGAGGUAGCUGUCAACGGCUCGGCAAUCGUACUUCCAGCUACAAAUAUACAGGAGGAAUCUGCUACAGUAAUCUCCAGCAACCCACAAAAGACUGAACAUACCGAAGUAACAAAACCAGAAACUGUAAUAGUUAAUGAACCACUUUCACAAAACACAAAUCUAGAAACUUUUAAGCCUUUAGUAACUACAGAGGAGAUCGUUAAUGAAGCCACGGCAAAGCAAGGAAUUCAAAAUGAUGAACAUAAAUUCAAUGAAAAUAAUUCACAAGUUCAAUCAAAUUUAUCGGAAUCACAUGCCCACACCAACCCAGAAACUUUUACAGAUAAAACAGUUGAUCAAGCCACCGCACAGCCAGCAAAGGAAAAUGAAAAGCAGAUAUCUAAUGAAAAUAAUGUGCAACUUGAUGAAAAGCCUACCACGAGUAAAGAAGCCAAUCGCAGAAAUAACCGAUCUUUGCAACAGAAAAAAGGAAGAACUCGGGAGCAGAGUCAAAAACCAACUAACCGCUCAAAACUAACAAAAGAUAAGGACCCGAAACCAAAUGAAGAGAAGAAAGAACACAAAACGCCAGCGGAAAUGGCAACUAAAGGAGCAGAAGCAGUCACAGAGUCAAAUUCUAGUUCAACUGAUAAUAAGUCAGUUGUGACUGCAACUAUUGAUGACAUCUACACAACUUCUCCAAACGAGCCACAAUCUGAACAAGGAGUUAACCAAUACGUCGAUUCCACUGUUCCCGAACACACUUCUAUUAUUUCCUCACAAGAUAAUAUUCCUCCAGCUCCCUUAGACGAUUCGCAAAGUUUAUCGACAAAUAUUGUAACUCAAAACGAGGCAUCGGCUAUUUGGGAUCAACCUGAAGAGAACCAGGAGAUUGCUGGAUCUUCAAGCCAGAAAGAAACAAAUGAACCCAUAACAAACGCUACAAACGAAUCCAGAAUUGAACACAUAUAUCUGGCAAACAAUAUCAAUUAUUCGGAUCAACCUGCAGAGUCACAAAAGAUGGCUACAUCUACCAAUAUAACGGAGAUAACUGAAUCCAUUACACACCCCCAAGAAGGAUCAAGUAUUGAAAAUGUUUCCAGCAAUUCACCCGAAAACGAUGAUAAAUUGGAGUCCAUCAAGAAUAACGAAGUUACUGUAGAAGAUAAUUUCGCUUCCAGAAUCCUCUCCCCAUCUUCCACAAAUGAAUCUCUAGUUAAUGAUAGUCCAGAGAUCGCGCCUAGUACCACGUCGACAGCCAUCGAUCACAAGCGAAGUCCGAAGCGUUUUUCAAAGAUUCCCGUGAGAACUUUGAGCAGCAACAGUCUGCGAAGUGAAAGCAGAGCGAGCAAUCGUACUCCAACAGCAACUGAUGAGUUUGAAACAGAAGAGACCACAAGAAAAUAUGAUAUAAAGAUAAGUGACAGCUCCUCUAUUGUUAACCAAGAUAUUCAGUCUGAAAAGGAAGUUUAUUUUGUCGCAGAAAGUGCAGUCCAACCGAUAAAUUUAGAACAAGAAGUUCCUACAACAACUGCUGCAGAAAGUGCAGUCCAACCGAUAAAUUUAGAACAAGAAGUUCAUACAACUGCUGCUAUAGCCAUUACUCCAACAGAUUCCGAUGAAGUAUUCGAGGAUGCCCCGGAAUUCAGCAGCAGUGAAGGAACAAAACCCCACGAUGAAGCCGCUUCCGAUGCAGAUCUUUAUAGCCUGGACAGCGAUGGGCCGCGGGCAGAAACAAAGUCCCCGGAGAACGAAGUCCUCCUCUUGCUGGAUGAGCACACCCCCUUGGAAUCAUUAGUUGCCAAGUCCAGCAGCAACGCUAGCAUGAACUCCCAGUCAACUCAAUCGGAAACGUCCAAGGUUGUCCUCAAGGAAUUUGUUCCUUCCGGAGAUCCGGCCAAGCAGAACCUCAGUGAACUGGUUGAAGACACUCAACGGUUGAUUAAACAAAUGCGCGAUGAGAUCAGCAUGGAUGAGUUCGAGUCCACCGAUGAAGAUGAUUUCUCCGACGAGUACUCGGAUGAGUACGACGAUGGCGAGGAGGAGGAGUGGUACGACAGCGAGGGCGAAGAGGAAGGCGACUACGAUGGGGAGGGGGGCGAUACCUACAACGAGCACCCUUCCCAAAUAGAAGAGGCCUCCACCGGCGAUGAGGGCACCGAGAUCGAGGACAUAAUGGAGGAGGAUGAAGAUCAGGCUGACGAAGACGAGGCACAACCCACCCAAAUCACACCAAACAUUGAACCACUCAUAUCGCCUGCUCUAUCAGUCACGCCCACGAACCAAGAAACUGAUCCGAUCGCACACACUGAGGUUGUUUCAUCCACAGGAAGGAGCCUGGAGGCUCAGUCGCACAAUACUGAAGUCGAGUUGAGCCUGCCUCCUCAGACUGAUCAUGUUGAGUCGGAAGUAGAAGCACUGCCUAUACAAUCGCCUUCUCUCGUUAUUGACUCGGAAAGCCGACCUGCGGAACAGCCUGUUGAACUUGUGCUGGAAAUACCUUUGGAAGUAGAGCCAGCCAUUGAAUUGGAUCCCGUUGACGAACCUACUGCCCUGCCCAUAACACCCGGACCACCCAUUGUUGAUUCCGAAUCCCGACCCGUGGAGCCGCCCGUAGAACAAGUACUGGAAGAGCCCAAAAAGGUAACCCCCAGCAUGAAAGGCAAGGCUGUAAGCAAAGACACCGCCUCUUCAAUCAGGCCCAAAAUUGCCAAGUCCACAGUCAGUAAGAUUCCCAAGCCCACCAGCGAACCCACUAACAGUACGAGUAGCACCCCCCCAAACAAGAAGGUUCCGCUGCGCUCCAAGUCCUUUUCGGCUCCCAUGGGUAUUUCCUCUGUGAAACGCAUCCAGGAGGUCUACCUCCAGAAGCAAAGCUCAUCGAUCGGGGCCAGUCGAGUGCCGCUCAAGAGCAGUCCGAUCACCAAGAAGUCGAUCAACGAUGCCAUUAGCAGGUUUAAUUCAAACCACGCCGAAGGACCCAGCACCAGUGGAGCAGCGGCUGCAGCGGCAUUGCUAAAGCCGCGAUCCCAGCCCCGAAUCCCCAAGAAGAAGUACCACGAGACCUGCUUCUCCGACGACGACUACGAGACCUCGGCCACGGAGGAGGAGCAGGAGGACCAGGACCUCGCCGAACCCCUCAAAGCAGAACUGCUAAAGCGUAAGCUGAGUAUGCCCGUCUUCCGGGCAUAUCCUAGUGUUCAAGAGCCAGUAAUUGAGGACCCAGCGGUCCUGGCACGCAAGUACGUCGAUCAGGAAUUGGUGGCUAACAUCGCUGAGGCUCAGAUAGCCGCCACCUUGGUGAGCAUGAAGUUCACGGAGGACGUGUCUCUGUGGGCGGCAAGGGAGUGCUCCGACCUGGACCAGGCCAUCGCCAUGCUCCAGCAGGAGUGCGAGCUGUGCAUGAACAACUUUCCCAUGAACCAGAUCGUAUCCAUGCUGAAGUGCCUCCACAAGUGCUGCAAACAGUGUGCCAAGAGCUACUUCACCGUACAGAUAACCGAUCGUAGUAUCAACGAUUGCAGUUGCCCGUUCUGCAAAUUGCCCGAACUGAGUAACGAGGUCCAUCACGAAGAUGAGCACCUGGAGUACUUUUCCAACCUCGACAUUUUCCUGAAGAGCAUCCUGGACAACGACGUGCAUGAGCUCUUCCAGCGCAAACUUCGCGACCGCACCCUGCUGCAGGACCCCAACUUCAAGUGGUGCAUCCAGUGCUCCUCCGGAUUCUUCGCCAGGCCCAAGCAGAAGCGUCUGAUCUGCCCGGACUGCGGUUCGGUCACGUGUGCCCAGUGCCGGAAGCCCUGGGAGCGCCAGCACGAGGGCAGCUCCUGCGAGGCGUACCUGGAGUGGAAGCGCGAGAACGACCCCGAGUUGCAGGCACAGGGCGUCCAGGAGCACUUGGCCCAGAACGGCAUCGACUGCCCCAAGUGCAAGUUCCGCUACUCGCUGGCCAGGGGCGGCUGCAUGCAUUUCACCUGCACCCAGUGCAAAUUCGAGUUCUGCUACGGCUGCGCCCGGCCCUUCAUGAUGGGCGCCAAGUGCACCGUGUCCUCGUACUGCGCCAAACUCGGUCUGCAUGCCCACCACCCGCGCAACUGCCUCUUCUACCUGAGGGACAAGAUCCCACUGCAGCUGCAGUUCCUGCUCAAGGAGCAGAAGGUCAAGUUCGACACGGAGCCCAUCCAGAGCCAGGACGAGUCCAGCAGCUCCUCCAAGGCCCGUGCCCAGGCCCGCUGUCCCAUCCCGCUGCAAAAGGAGACGCCGCAGGGCCUCGUCGAUACGGUGUGCAACACCGAAGUGCCCGACAAGCACGCUGGCAUGUGUCGCACCCACUACGUAGAGUAUUUGGCUGGCAAGGUGGCCAAAGCAGGCAUCGAUCCGCUGCCCAUCUUCGACCUGACGGACUGCGUCCAGGAGCUGCGUAGGCGUGGCAUCGCACUGCCAGAGCGCGGACCCUGGGACACCGACGAGAUCUACAAGACCAUGUGCUCCGAGGUAAUCAAACAGCAUAUUCCCCUGAAAUCGGCAUAAGCGGGAGCAGAAGAAGCGAUGCCAUUGGAAACGGCACUGUUGCAAUUCUUCAUUAAUUUUCAUGAUUUAUGGCGAGCACUUUUAUAGUCAUUUUUAUACAGCCACCUACCCACGAAUCGAACUCAAGACUUGGGCAGUUCUCUAGAUUAGACAUCGCACACCUUCAUCGACACACCCACUCAUCGUCCAGAAGCCUUUGCCAUUUUGUUUAGUUACUAAGAGAUGAAAAUCAACAGAGGACCAAAGAUCCGCACGUGUAACAAAGUGCAUCAAUAAACCGAUCAUGUGAAACACAA